UCCUCCCAGCAUCACAGCCCGCUCUGGCCAUCAUCACACUCACGUAAUAACGCUCCCGUGAACAAGCUGACUUGUUGGGGAUGCUUCAGGAUCUUACAUAUCUCUGACUGCUCGCUGCCCGAAACAUCAGCGACAUCUAAGGAGCGGGAUUGCUGAUCAGAGCAGUUCACUUCAUUAACGGUCGUGCUGUGGCAGGACACUCCCUGGCUACAGGGCACAAGCUGCCAUGCCAUUUGGUUGUCUCACACUCGGGGAGAAGAAGGAUUACAACAGUCCCUCUGAGGUGACUGACAAGUAUGACCUCGGACAAGUCGUUAAAUCAGAGGAGUUCUGUGAGAUAUUUCGGGCGAAGGACAGGAACACCUUGAAAAUGUACACAUGUAAAAAGUUCCACAAAAAGGACGGGAGGAAAGUGAGGAAAGCUGCCAAGAAUGAGAUAAUGAUCUUAAAGAUGGUAAAACAUCACAACAUCCUCCAGCUUGUUGAUGCAUUUGAAACUAAGAAAGAGUACUUCAUCUUCCUGGAGCUAGCGACAGGAAGGGAGGUCUUUGACUGGAUCUUGGAUCAAGGCUACUACUCUGAGAGGGACACCAGCAAUGUCAUGAGGCAGGUACUGGAGGCUGUAGCUUACCUGCACUCUCAGAAAAUCGUCCACAGAAACCUUAAGCUGGAGAACUUGGUGUACUAUAAUCGUUUGAAGAACUCCAAAAUUGUUAUCAGUGACUUUCAGCUGGCAAAGCUGGAAAACGGGCUCAUCAGGGACCCGUGUGGGACUCCAGAAUACCUUGCUCCUGAAAUGGUGGGAAGGCAGAGAUAUGGAAGACCUGUGGACUGUUGGGCAAUUGGCGUCAUCAUGUACAUACUUUUAUCCGGGAAUCCUCCUUUCUACGAUGACUCUGAUGAAGACGAGUCGGAUCGUGAUAAAAAUUUGUUUCUGAAGAUUUUGUCUGGUGACUAUGAGUUUGACUCCCCAUACUGGGAUGAUAUUUCAGACUCUGCCAAGAACUUAGUGGCAUCGUUGAUGGAUGUUGACCAAGACCAGCGUUUGACCGCACAGGAAGCUAUUGCCCAUGAAUGGAUUUCUGGAAACGCCGCCUCAGACAAGAAUAUCAAAGAUGGCGUUUGUGCACAAAUUGAAAAGAACUUUGCAAAAGCCAAAUGGAAGAAAGCUGUAAGAGUGACUACCCUGAUGAAAAGGCUUCGAGCAUCUGAUCAGGGUGAACCGGGAGCUGCUGGUGCCUCUGCAGGGGCUGCAGGUGACCCCGACACACCUGGAGGAGCUCCUGCUCCUCCUGCUGGUGGAGGCAGCAGUUUGGCUGCAGCCUUAAAAGCUGCUGCUCUGAAAGAAAAGGCUUCUGACACACAGACUGCAGCCACCCCUGCACCAUCUCUGCAAGCUGCUGUCCCACAGGAUGACCAGCAGCAGCAGCAGCAGCAGCAGCAGGCACGGUGCAACGGAGAUACCCCACAAAUGUUGCCACAAAGUAAAGAAGAAUAAGCAUUGAUGAAAAAGCACAAACAGGACCCAUGAGAACCAACAAGCACAUGUACAGCGAUUAAAUUUGGCAUCAUGAUUUUCUCUCUCUCUCUCUCUCUCUCUCUCUCUCUCUCUCUCUCUCUCUCUCUCUCUCUCUCUCUCUCUCUCUCUCUCGUUGUAAAGUAGCUUUUUUGUGGGUUUCCUAUUCCAUGAAAACUUUACAUUAAUAUUUUAUUGCUCAUGGUGUAAUUUAUUGAAACAAAUCUUUUCCAUUCAUCCCCUCACUGUAUAUACAUGUAUUUUUCUCAAAAAAAUGCUACUUUUUAGCUUUAGAGUUUAGAAAUUUGAUUUUAUCUCUUGUGACUUAAAAUUACGAGUUGGAAAAAUAUGUAAUUUGAUCAAAUUAUUGUUUAUCUUAAACAUACAGUAUAUAUGCAUCAAUUUAUAGUGUUUUGAGCAUAUUUGAGUUAAAUCUUUGCUCAAGAAUGAAUUAUACAUAAGGACAGUCUUGCUUGGUGCAUAUUUUUGAUUUGACGACAAGUUUUUAAAGAAAUAUUUAUAAGUGAGAUAUUUAAUGUAACACUGUAAGUUUGGAGCUGUGUUUAUGACUUUAGUCAACUUAGAAUUUUAAGACAACAAGAAAGCCAUUUUUAAGUUAAAGUGCCUUAACAUUUGUUGCAGCCAUGUUUCUAGACUUAAUUUCAAAAGCUUUCUUAAGAAUUUUAGCUGUUUUUUCUUAUUAAAUUUUAGGUCUUCAGUUGAUGUAUUGAUUCUUGUAUUUCUGUCUUCUUUCUGACUUCAUUUAAAACAAACAUUUUGAAUGUUCUGUGUGCUGUGACGUUUUAGCUGUUGCUGUGUCGUAGCCUGUAAUUAAUAAAUGAAGAGUUUAUUGUAGUCUAUACACUGUACGAUCAUGUAUAUUUACAUUGUGUGUGUACUUGUGUAUUUUUUAUUGUUUGUGUAUUUAGCAACAUUUAGCUGAGCAGAAAGGUCACUAUGUUGCUUGUGAAUGAAUAAAACAAGCAAUAUCAUGA